AUGUUAAUCAUUCUCUUAUUUACAUUAUUUACUCUAAUUAUUGCUACUCCUAUAUCAUGUGACUCUUAUCAAUCUCAAAGUGGUUCUGAUUCUAACUCACAAACAGAUAUUGAAUUAAUUAUGAGCUUUGGAUGCUAUUUUAUUGUAACUCAACAAACUACAUUCAAAUCUAUUAGUGGAGAAGGAACAGUUGUUAUCAGUGGAGCUGUAGAAGUUACUGUAAAUGACUAUAAAGGAGGAAUUAUUCAAUUAAAUAAUGAAAAUGCGAAAGUUAAUAUCGUUAAAACUACAGAUUCACUCACAAGUGAUAACUCUAAGAGUCAAAAGAAAAUAGUUGGAAAAGGAACUACUGUUAUUAAACCACAAAGUAAAGAUGUUACCAUUAAAUUAGAUAUGGUAGGAAGUAGUUCUUUAGUUGUAGAAUCUAUACAACAAUACUUUAAAUUAGUUAUUGGCACACUUUAUUUAAACAAUAAUAUUGAUGUUGGAAAGUAUUGUGAACUUUCUGUUUCACAAUUAACAUCUACUAUUACUAAUAAAGAAUGUUCUAUAAAGACAACAGGAAAAAAGAUGGUUAUAACAGAGAUUGAUGCUGAUCUUUAUAGAUUAGUUGAACCAACACAAGUUAUUAUUUCAACAACACCAAUAAAUGAAACAUAUUCCAAUAUAGUUAAAUGUAAGUUAGAUGGAACAUUUAUAACAGAAAGUGAUCUUGUUUGUCCAUGCCAAAAUCUUAAUGGCUAUGAAUGUGAAUUAGAAUUUACAGGAUCAACUACAAACCCAAUAAUAUUUCCUGAUGGAGAUAUUACUUUACAUAAGUUGAUUCUUCCUAGUGGAGCUACUAUUUCAGGAAAAGGUAGUUUAAGUGUUAUGAAUCUAGAGAUUAAAGGAGAUAUUACUAUUAAUGGAUUUUCAAGAGUUGAUAUUAAAUCUCAAACAGGAGAAUUUAAGAUAAUAAUUUCUACUAAAGGAAAAAUAAAAGGAACAGAAACUAAGAAUCUUGUAUUUAGUCCAAGUUCAUCUUCAGUAAUAAUAGAAUAUUAUGGAACUAGUAUUGAGACAUUAAUAAUUGAUAAAGAUGGUACAUUUAUCAACAAUGGAAAUAAUAUUAAAACAGUUACAUUAAAUAAUGGUGGUAAAUAUACAGUACCAGAAGGAAUUACUGUUAAUAGUUCCACUAUUAAAGUAUGUCCAACAUGUGUUGUUAAUAUUAAUGGAGAAUAUACAGAAAGUCUUAAAAUUGAAUCUACUGGUACAGGAGAUAACACAAAUAAUGAAUAUAAUGUUAAAUUUGGAAUAUUUAAAGACUUUGUAGAAGAAGUAGUAAAAAGUGAAGGUUCAAAUAAAAUCACAUUCCAUCCAAGUGGAAAGAAAGUAAUUUUUAAAGAAAAAGAUUAUACAAAUACAAAUGAAUUAAUUGAUGGAUGUGAUUAUACUAAGAAAUUCUAUAAAACAAAUACUAAGAAUAAAUGUGCAACAAUGAAAGUUGAAGGAUUUGAACCAAUUGAAAUUUCACUAACAAAUGAUGGAACUGAAGCAGAUAAGUUUAUAAUUGAAAAUGGACUUAGUGUUAAUACAAGUAAAGUUAUAUUUAAGACAUGUGGUACAAUCAAAUCACUUAAAUUUUUAUUAUAUGAUAUCACACUUAGUAAACAAAGUUCACAAACAAAUUGCGAACUUACAGUAACAGAAGGACUUAAAUCAGAAUCUAAAGAAAUAGAAAAUUAUAAUUCAGAACUUAAAUUAACACUUGAGAAUAUUCAAGUUAAAGAAACUGAUAUUAGUGUACCAAAAUUAGUUUUAAAGUCAACAACAAUAAUUGCCAACAAAGAUAUUAAAAUUCCAACACUUUCUAUGGAUGGAAAAUCUAAAAUUAAUCUUGAACAAUAUGGGUUAAUUGUUGAUGAAGUUUCAUUUGAAUUCUCUGGGAUAACUGAAACCAAUAAACCAGAUGCAAUGAUUAUUUCAACUAAAGACAAAGGAUUUAGAGUUCAAAAAUUAAUGAGAGUUUCAUCAAUACCAAAUCCAGAAGUCAAAAAUAUUUAUAUUACAAAACAAGAUGAUAAAAUAACAUAUUCAGGAGAUGUACCAAAACAAUUUUAUUUAGCAUGUUAUGGAAGAGCACUUAUCUAUAAUAUAGAUACAAAAUAUAAAUGUGAUGAAGUAUUUAAAAUACCAAAGAAAUGUACAUUCAAAACAGAAAAUUCAAAUAUUGAUUUCAAUUCAGAAAGUUCAUAUAAUGAAGCAUUAUGUCCAUGUCAUUAUUCAGAUCCUAAAGGAGAACAAGAUUUAAUUGGAACAUGUAGAAUAAUAUUUGAAGAAAAUAGAAAAAGAGAAGAUAAAAUAAUUAUUACAUCAAACACUGAUAUUAAUGUUAAUGAAAUUAGUAUUAAUAGUCCUAAUGAAGUAAUAAUACAAACACCAGAUAAAAAAAUUAUUUCAAAAGUAUAUGUAUUAGGAAAAAGAUUAAUUCUUGAAGGAUCAAACAUUAAACUAUCUGAAAUAGAAGGAACAAUGGAAUCUAGUUCUACUUCAAUACCAGAACUUGAAUUAAAAGGAAAAAGUACAAUUUCAAAGAUUACAGGAAAUAUGAAUAUUAUAAUUAAUAAAGAAGCAAUAAUUGAAAAAGAACAUACAACAGGUAAUUAUUAUACAGGACUUGAUAUUAAAGGAACAUUAAAUAUUAGAACUGGUAAUAAGUUUGAAACAACAAAUAUUAAAGUAUAUAAAACUAAGAUAAUAAAAAGUAAAGUGAUUAUAGAUAAUACAUCUACACUUGAUCUUAAGAAUAUUGAAAUUGUAAUGGAUUUAGUUAAUGAAGAAUCUAUAUUUAUAGGGGAUGUAGCAUCAAGAAUAAGUGGUGUUAGUACUAGUAAUAUGGUAAUAAAAGGAACAUCAUCAAAUAUUUGUCAAGCAAUAGGAAGUUUUAGUAAUUCAGAUAAUUCAAGAAAUAAUUUCAUAAAAAGUGGAAUGUCUGAUCUUGGAUGUUCAUCAAAACUAUGGAUUGUUUGUUCAAAGAAAACAUUAUCUUACAAAUGUCCAGGAAAUACACAAUGUACAUUCAAAAGUUCAACAACAGAACUAAAUGGUUCAGAUAAAACUAGUUAUAUUGAUCAAGAAAAUUGUCCAUGUUCUGAAGCAGGAUCAGAAAUAUUUACCACAGGAUGUGAAACAAUUAUUCCAUCAAAUGUAUCAGGAAUAAUCAAAGGUAUGAAAGGAUCUAUUGAAACACUAACUGUAGAUACUGAUCGAAUAGAAAUUGAAACAUUAAAUUCAUUGAGUAUUUCAACAAUGAGAAUAAGAGGGAUUAAUAAAUUUAAAGGAAAUAAUAAUAUUAAAAUAGAUGUUAUUGAUAUUUUCACAUCACUUCCUACAAGAAUAACAUUUGAUAAUCCAGUAAGUAUUUCAGCAACUAAAGUGAGUGGAUCAAGUGUCUUUUUCUUCUUUAACAAUGAAGUAAGUAUUAUACUUGGAACAACAAAAGAAAAAUCAAUUAAAGCAGGAGCAUCAAUUUCAUUGAGUAGUACUCUUAGUAAAGAUCAAAAUAUAGAAUUAACAACAAUGGAAGAAAUGAAAGAAGCAGAUUUAUUCAUAAGUAGUAAUAAAGAAAUUAAAUUAGGAGGAAGUUUAUAUUCUAAAACACUAACAAUUACAAAUACUAAAGAAAUAAUAAAUGAAGAAGCUAUGUUUAUAAUACCUUCAGGAAAAGAAUUUAAUACAAAAAAUUUAAAAGUAGUUUCUAGUUAUAUAAAGAAUUAUAAAAUAGUUGAAACAUCAGAUAUUAAUUAUGUUAAUAUUGAAGAAUAUUCAGAUGGUGUUUAUAUUGAUAAUUAUAAGAGCUAUGUAACAUAUGGAACAAAAGGUAAAAGAAGUACAGAUAUUAUAUGUUCAAUGAAAAAAGAAGGAAUAAAUUCAGGAAUUAUUCCAUUUGAUGAUAAAGACAAAAGUACAAGUUGGGAUAGAGCAGGAUGUUCAUGUGAUGGAGAUUCAUGUCAAGUUAAUAUGAUAAGUGAUAGUGAUUAUCGUAUGAUAGGAAUUAAUUAUGAAUUUGUUAAGAAUAUUUUAAUAAGAAAUGGUGAUAAUUUAAAAACAUAUACUAGUAUAUUAGAAGGAGAUAAAAUUCAAGGAGAAAAUAUUGAAAUUGAUACAGGAAAUAUAGAAUUUAAAGUAGGAGAAAUUAAAAUAAAUAAAUUAAUUAUUAAGAAUGAAUCUAAUAUUUCAUUUAUUGGAAUAAAUAAUACUAGUACAAUUGAAAAUAUUAUUUUAAUUAAACCAGGAACUACUUCUAUUUUAAUUAAAGAUGGAAUUAAUCCAUUAACACUAAAAAUUAACAAUGAUAAUAAUACAAUUAAUUCUAUCACAUUACAAAAUACUAAUAAAGUAGUAAUAUCAAACACACAAUCUACAAUUAAUUUAGGAAAUGUUAUUAUUGAGAAUAGUCAAUUAUAUCUUGAUAGUGGAAUCUAUGAACUCAAUGAAAAAACAAUUAAUUUCCUUGUUAAAUCAAAUGAUUUUAUGUUAGUUAUGGGACCAAGUACACAAAUUAAUAGUAACACUCUUGAAGUAAAAACAUUGAAUUUCAAUAUUAAAAUUGAAAAAGAAUUAGAAGGUCCAAUAUACUUAUUAAGAACAUCUUAUCAAAACUUUAUUAGUAGAUUUGGAGUUAAAUUUACAAUCACAUCCAAUAAUAAUCAUCUUAAAGGACAAGCAUUGAAUUCAAUAGAUUCAAAAUAUGAACUAACACAAGUCUGUCGUAUUUAUGUUGCAUUAGUACCAAAAGGAUACACAAUAACUGAAUGUCCAAAAGAUCCAUGUGGAACAAAUGAAGCAGGUGUUUUUUCACAAGUAACCAAUGGAGAAGUACCAAAAUGGGCUAUUGCAGUUAUAGUAGUUGUUGGACUUAUUAUCAUUAUCGCUUUAAUACUCUUGGUCGCUUUUAUUCUUUAUGCCAAGUUGGUCUUAUUAAAGAACAGAAAGAAUAAUAAAGUUUUUGAUGAUACUGAGAAUAUAUUCUGUGCCUCUGAAGUUAAUGACUCUGAUGACAUUGAAAAGAAAGAAGAAGUUCAGGACGAUAACGGAGAAAAUUCAAUAUCAAGUGAAAGUGGGUCUGGAAGUGGUUCAGCUAAUGACAGUGGAUCUGGUUCUGUGAGUAGUUCUUAUUCAGCUAGUGGAAGUGGUUCAGACAAUGGAAGUGGUAGUGGUUCAGGUUCUGCAAGCGAGUAG